UCGAUACACCCCACACUCGUGUAUAGUUCUCAGCCAGAAUUGUGAUUCAACAAGUAAACUACAAUUCCAUAAAUAAGCUGAAAGUGGAGCUAAAAUUAAGAGCAAAGGACAGAAUCGAUUCGUCUGAUCCAAAAAAUGAAGUUGGGAAUGGCGAGAGGGGAAGUCUGUCUAAGGUUAUCGGUAAUACUGUUUUUGGUAUUAACUACAUGCUUGGUUGCUUUUGAUACUCAAACAAAGGUUGUGUUCUUGGGUAUUCAGAAGAAGGCUACCUACAAUGAUUUGGAUGCUCUCAGGAUGUUGGUGUAUGUUACGUCUGCUGCUGCAGGUUAUAACCUGCUUCAGUUAUGCAAACACUCAACUUGCUCCAGAGGAAACUUGAAAGGGUCUGAUAUGUGCGUGGCUUGGAUUUCUUUAUUCUUGGAUCAGAUUGCGGCUUACAUUACAUUUGGGACAAACACGGCAUCGGUUGGAGCAUCGAUGAUAGCAGUGAAAGGGUCAGAAGCGUUUCAAUGGUUGAAGGUAUGUGACAAAUUCACGAGAUUCUGCAUCCAAAUAGGAGGAGCGUUCCUUUGCGGCUAUGUAGCGUCCAUCUUAAUGGCUCUCAUAUCCACCAUCUCAGCCUACAGAGUCUUCAGGAUGUAUUCUCCAAAAUGGUUUCUGCGUUUGAAGAGCACGUGAUCACUGUUAUUGUUAUUGUCAGUAUCUUUCAAUCGCUUUGGGAAGUUUUCAGCCUGAAGAAAAAUAUAUAUGACCAAACUUUGUGAAGAAAAUCUCGUGCAAUUUGGUGCCAGAUGCUCUUAGGUUGGUGUAUUCUCCUUCUCUUUCAACAGUUAAAGAUGAUAAGUGGCGUUUAAACUUUUGUCAAUUCCAUAAAAUUAUUUUUUCUUUA